AUGACCAUAUCGUUCUCCGCGCCAUCUUCCGCAGUCUCGGCAAAGACGACGCCUGGAACAGAAACUUCAUCGAGUGGCAAAGAAGGCACGACGACUAGCACUGAAGCCAAUAGUGGAGCCGACACCACGAAUACAACCAACCAGACUGCAACGGCUACUACAACAGAUGACAAGACUACCGAGACGACGGCCGUGGUUUUUGAGACUUCUACUGAUACCACCACGGAUGGAAUCACUACCAGCACUACUUUCAGCGGCACCGGAGGUGUUACGGCUAGUGGAACAACAACUGCCACUGCAACUGAUGGGCCAGCUACCCUCAUUAUAACCACCAUCGCUGCCCCUACCGCCAGUAGCAGAACGACCAUUACAACGGCUGAGACGACCAGUAACGCUGAAAUAGCGACAGCCGGCGAGAGUUCCAUGACGACUGCUUGUGAUCCACACAGAGUUCCUACUGGAACCCUACCCCAACCAACAGUAUUGUGGGACAACAUCGAUGACGAUUCUCAAGCCAUUACUUUGCCUUUCCCGGUUGGAAUAUAUGGUUCUUAUGAAAAGACUGUUUACGUCGGCUCGAACGGCUAUGUGUCGCUAUACGGAGCGUCCUCCAGUUAUACCAAUGAUAUACUACCUUCUACUUCGAUUCCAUCGGUGGCUAUUGUAGCCUAUUGGACUGACCUGGUAGCUAUAUCCGGAACUGGCGAGCAGAUCGCGUAUGAUGUCUACGAAACCUCGAGGGGACGGACGUUCACUGUUGAAUAUAUAACAACGCGGUAUCAUGAUACCUCGCGAUAUUAUCACUUCACAGUCAGUCUCUAUGAGAAUCAUCCGGGUCUAGUUACUUUUAUCUACUAUCAGACUACCGCCAUGGGUGGAGAUGGAACCAUCGGUGUCCAGCAUCGCGAAUCGUUCUCGCUGUAUUCCUACGAUACCCCAUCGAUCCCUGAUCGGUCGUAUAUCGAGAUCGACACUAGCAACGGAAUUGCUGUCACGAAGCAUGGUCAAUUGAUCGAUCCUCAGUGUUAA